AGGGGAGGAAGGGUAGGAGAGAAAGGAAAAGGGGAAAAGCACCGUUCUGUUUGGCUCUGCUCUGGGGACUGUACUGAUACGGAGAGAGGAAACACUUUCCUCUUCGUGAAACUGCACUGCUUUACUUCCCUCCCAGCCUAGGGAAAAGGCUGCUGUGGGAAUAGUUAGUGAUCCAGGGAAGGAGGGGACUGAGUUGCAAAGUGAAAGAUAAAAAUUCGAGGAUGACUGCUGGGGACCAGGAACAGGAAGGUGGCUGCCAGGAGGAGGUGGCUGGAGGGGCCGGGAGGGGAACAGACAGACAGCAGGCGCUGCAGUGGUCCAGGCCUUGAGUGCUGCCCCUGACGUUUCCGUGAGAGAGGAUUGGGGUUGGGGUCCUGCCCUGGCAUUGGCCCUGAGCUCGGGAGGCCCAACCUACUGCAGCUUGGGAGCUUGGGAGGCCCAACCUACUGAAGCGGACUCUGCCCAAGAUUUCCACUGAGCGGAGAAGACUGGCCAAUGCACAAGGGUUGGACCCAACUCUCUGCCCCACAGAAACCCGGACUUCUGCCUCCCUGACAGCCGCCUCUUCACCCCAAAUCUGUGAGUAGGAGCAAGCAGGAAGCUCUGGCCCAUGGAGGACAACGUGCAGAGACAAAGAGAGUCCAUCUCCCUCACACCCAUGGCCCUCGGUGUGGAGAAUAUGGGGGCUGAGUUCCUGGAGAGUUUGGAGGAAGGCCGACUCCCUGGCAGCAGUGACUCAAGCCAACAAGGCGGGCACGCUGUGGAGAGGAAGCCCCCGUGGGGAUGGAGAGGCCUGCAUUGGGCCCUGCAAGGAAGACCCAGGCCACUCUUCCGAUGGAUGGGCACAGCGCUGCUCUGUACUGCAUAUGCUGCCUUCCUGCUCACUGCUUGCCUUCUGGACUUCCAGAGGGCCCUGGCGCUAAGCAUUGUCACCUGUGUGGUCCUAGCCUUCCUGGCCCACAGCCUGCUGAAGAAGUGUUUGGGCCCAACACUGAGGGAGUGUGUGACGCUUCAGGGCCACCCUCACCUGCGCAUCUGGUUUAACCGAGCUCUCGCCCUUGCUGCGGUCCUGGCCCUGGCCUUGUGGCUGGGGCUGGACACCUCCCAGAGGCCGGAGCAGCUGGUGUCCUUCGCAGGGAUCUGUGUGCUCAUCUCCAUUCUCUUUGCCUGCUCGAAGCACCAUCGUGCUGUGUCCUGGCGGACUGUGUCCUGGGGCCUUGGGCUGCAGUUUGUGCUUGGACUCUUCAUCAUCAGAACAGAGCCUGGAUUUAUCGCUUUCCAGUGGCUGGGAGAUCAGAUCCGUAUCUUCCUGAGCUACGCCGCAGCGGGCUCCAGCUUCGUGUUUGGGGAGGCGCUGGUCAAGGCCACCUUUGCCUUUCAGGUUCUGCCCAUCAUUGUUUUCUUCAGCUGCGUCAUGUCAGUGCUCUACUACUUGGGCCUGAUGCAAUGGGUGAUCCUGAAGAUUGCCUGGCUGAUGCAGAUCACCAUGGGCACCUCAGCCACCGAGACCCUGAGUGUGGCAGGAAACAUCUUCGUGAGCCAGACCGAGGCUCCCCUGCUGAUCCAGCCCUACCUGGCAGACAUGACACUCUCCGAGAUCCAUGUGGUCAUGACUGGGGGUUACGCCACCAUCGCCGGCAGCCUGCUGGGUGCCUACAUCUCUUUCGGGGUCGACGCCAGCUCGCUGAUCGCGGCGUCCGUGAUGGCCGCGCCGGGAGCCUUGGCCCUGUCCAAGUUAGUCUACCCCGAGGUGGAGGAGGCGAAGAUCCGCAGCGAGGAGGGAGUGAGGCUGAGCUACGGAGACGCUCAGAACCUUGUAGAAGCCCUCAGCAGCGGGGCCGCCACCUCGGUGAGGGUCGUUGCGAACAUCGCCGCCAACCUAAUCGCGUUCCUGGCUGUGCUGGCCUUCAUCAACGCGGCGCUGUCCUGGCUGGGUACUCUGGUGGACGUCCCGGGGCUCAGCUUCCAGCUCAUCUGCUCCUACAUCCUGCGGCCAGUGGCCUUCUUGAUGGGUGUGCCCUGGGAGGACUGCCCGGUAGUGGCCGAGCUGCUGGGGACCAAGCUCUUCCUGAACGAGUUCGUGGCCUACCAGGGGCUGUCCGAGUACAAGCGGCGUCGCCUGGCUGGGGCUGAGGAGUGGAUCGGUGCCAGGAAGCAGUGGAUCUCGGUCCGAGCGGAAACCCUCGCCACGUUUGCCCUCUGUGGAUUUGCCAACGUCAGCUCCAUCGGCAUCAUGCUGGGCGGCCUGACCUCCCUGGUCCCCGAGCGGAGGAGCGACUUCGCGGGGCUGGUGCUGCGGGCGCUGUGCACGGGGGCCUGCGUGUCCCUCGUCAACGCCUGUGUGGCAGGCAUCCUCUACGCGCCCAGGGGACCCGAGGCGGCGUGCGGGGGCCUCCUGAACCGCACGCUCAGCAGCAGCAGCUUCGAGGUGUACCAGUGCUGCCGCAGGGCCUUCCAGAGCACCAGCCUGGAGUUCAGCCCAGCCGCGAGGGACAACUGCUGCCGGUUUUACAACCACACGGUCUGUGGCUAGGGGCCACGGGUUUUUUUUG